CUAGUCGCUGGUUAGUGAUUAAGAGGGCAACUUCGACUCCGAACAGAACACAAGAAGACGUUCGUUGCGUGACUGUUGCCGCAGUUGGAAUCUUUCGGUGAUCAGUGAUCGAUACCCGUUGAUCGAGGCGUGGUGUUAUCUAUCGAUACUUGGAGUGUUCUAAAAUGCGCCUGUGACUGAAACCGACUAGUGUUCGAUGGACUUGACUCUGACGGGGCUCGAAGGAGUUACGUGACGUCGCGUGCCUUUCGUAGAAGCGUUUAACGUUGAACAGUCGGGAUACUGGAUGCUACUUUCGGGAUAGUGAACUGGUAACCAGCGAGCCCAAAGGGAACAUCGUCGGCCGAAAAGCCCUUCGGGAAGAAUGAGCCCCCGAAAGCACUUCAUCGGGAGCUCUUAAGUCCACUCGAUUCGAGAUCCCCGGGAAACGUAGCCUCGAAACAUGUUGCCCACGUCGAGACUGCUGCGCGAGGAGCCAUUGGUAUCAUCGACGGAGGCGAACGUGCCACGUGAUCCAGCCAGCAGCCAGAUCGCGGUUCCGUCGAUCGUGGUGGAGGGUGUCGAGGAUAACGACGACGAUCCCCCGCCUUACACCGCGAUCGCACCCCCGAAUCACGUCGGUUGGCCUUACGACUUUUCCGGUAUACCGUAUUCCACGCGCACCCCGCCAUCCUUGGCGCCGUUCCAAACGAUCCCGACUACAGCCACCGGUCAUCAUCUCGAGGGACAGGACGGUCAGCACACGUCAAUCUCCGUGCCAUUAAUGCCCUGCCGGCUGUUCAAGUUCGGCUCCCACAGAUCUCUGUUCGCGCACAGAGGCCUGCCGUUCACGGAUAACAUCUCCACGUGCAAGGAUAACCACGGAAGGACGCGCAGAUACGGCGCCAUCCUCGUCGCCGCGGCUGUCAUCCUAUUCCUCAUGGCUCUCUCGUUGCUGGUGAGGUUCGUGAUGGAAAAAAGCUUCUGGAGAGGUUAGCCCCGGGGACUUCGAGGAUCGUUGGAUAGAAAUCGAUUUUCCGACGUAGCGCUUUCCCUCCAUUCACGAUACAGACUGAAUCUAGAGUAAGCGUUAUCACGGUAUAAUUUUCCCUUCCCCGGUUGCAUCGACGAAAUUGCAACUAUAAUUAGAGCAUUAUUGCUCGUUCCCUCCUUUUGUCUCCUCCGGAAUUCAAACCUCGUGAUUCGUACAUUCCUUGUAACUCGUGAGUGCAACACCACACGGAUCUGUAACCUUUUGUAAAGCCCGUACAUCGCGUGAAUCAAGAUACAACGUUAGCCUAGAUCUUAAUGUUAAGACACUUGUAUAAACCGUUUCUUUUUUAUUACUGUUGUACUUGGUAUUUUGUAAGUUACAGGUAAGAAAUAGACACCUACUGAAAGAAUUAUUUUUAAAAAUUCGUACGGCUUAGUUUUUUCUACCUGACUCUUGGAU